AAUCGCGGCUUGCAGCAUGCUUUACGGGACGUUCCGCGCGGGGGCCGACAGCGCGCUCGCCCGCCCGGCGCUCACAGCGACAGCCGCCAAGGCCUUGCUUCUCGUCUUCUUUCUCUGGGGCGUCGGGGUGCUCGAGACGUCGAGCGUCCCGCUGCGCCUGCCCGACCCAGGAGCGUCGACUCGCCUGCCGAGCCCCUCGCACCAUGAUGUAGAACGCGCCUUUCACGUCAACGGCUGGACCAUGGCUUCGUCCUCGUACUUUUAUCUGUCACCCGCGACCAUCGACGACAACGCCAUCUGGAAAUCGCACUCGGGGCUGGACGUCGCAUUAGCGCCUCUCGUUCCUCCGACGUGCUUGGCAUCAGUCGAUCUUGACGUGGCGAUGAUGUUUGUGGACGGGCCUGAGCUUCCAUCCAUCACGCAACCUGCGGUCGCCGUUGCGCAUCUGGCCGCCGACGUCCACGCCAACUGCGCCAUUGUCGCACGCGCCUAUGACCUCGGCUACACUGGCGUCAUCUUCCACACACCGGCGGAAACCUCUUCCUUUGAUAUUUGCCCCGCGAUCACUGCGGCCUUGGACAUCACGCCUGGAGCUCCGUUUGUCAAGGGCGCGCCGCGCUUGAGUCUCGGAGCUACCCGUGCCCGCCACCGCGUGCCUGCUUAUAUCAGUCUUGUCGAUACCGCCGCGCUGGCGUCGCUCCGGUUGUCGCACCACGACGGCACAUUGCACUUGCACCGGACUUGCGACGUCCAAGUCCAGACGGCGCCCACCCUCACCGGCCACCUCUCGUCGCCCAAGAUCGGAAGCGCGGCCGUUGCGCUCGGCGUGUAUCUCGAUGGCGCGUCGCAUGCCGAGCUGGUCGCAACGGUUGCGCGCACCUUGCGUGCGCGCAUGCAGGCGGGCUGGACACCAACCAAGAGCGUUAUGCUCGUGGUCUGGCCGAACGAAGCGAGCGCAGUCGAGUGGCUUGAGGACCCCGCGAACGCGCACGUGACGUUGUUGCGCCUGGACGAGGCGUCAACCACGGCCGUAACUACCGCUGGCACCCGGGGCGGCGACGCUUACAAGGUUGAUGCCGUCAACGUGCCGCACCUUCGCCGCGCUGCCUCGGCGGCCGUCAUCAUCGACACCUUGGUCGCGCUGGCUGCGUAAGGCAGUUGCGAUACACCAACAUGAAUAUCCAAAACAG